AUGGAGACCUUCUUGUUCACCUCUGAAUCAGUCAAUGAGGGUCACCCAGACAAGCUCUGUGAUCAGAUCUCAGACGCAGUGCUCGAUGCCUGCCUUGCGCAAGACCCUGAGAGCAAGGUGGCCUGUGAAACCUGCACCAAGACCAACAUGGUCAUGGUCUUCGGAGAGAUCACCACCAAGGCCAAUGUAGACUAUGAGAAGAUUGUUCGUGACACAUGCCGUACAAUUGGCUUUGUAUCAGACGAUGUUGGUCUUGAUGCUGACAAUUGCAAGGUUCUUGUGAACAUUGAGCAGCAAAGCCCUGACAUUGCUCAGGGUGUCCAUGGCCAUUUGACCAAAAGGCCUGAGGAGAUUGGUGCUGGUGACCAAGGUCACAUGUUUGGCUAUGCCACAGAUGAGACCCCUGAGCUCAUGCCCCUCAGCCAUGUCCUUGCAACCAAGCUCGGUGCUAAGCUCACCGAGGUUCGCAAGAAUGGUACUUGUGCUUGGUUGAGGCCUGAUGGCAAGACCCAAGUGACUGUUGAGUACUACAACGACAAGGGCGCCAUGGUUCCAAUUCGUGUCCACACUGUCCUAAUUUCGACCCAGCAUGACGAGACCGUGACAAAUGAUGAGAUUGCUGCUGAUCUCAAGGAGCAUGUGAUCAAGCCUGUGAUCCCUGAGAAGUACCUUGAUGAGAAGACCAUCUUCCAUCUCAACCCAUCUGGCCGAUUCGUCAUCGGAGGGCCUCAUGGUGAUGCUGGUCUCACUGGCAGGAAGAUCAUCAUUGACACCUAUGGAGGAUGGGGAGCUCAUGGUGGUGGUGCCUUCUCUGGGAAGGACCCAACUAAGGUGGACAGGAGUGGGGCCUACAUUGUGAGGCAGGCUGCCAAGAGCAUUGUGGCCAGUGGACUUGCCAGGAGGUGCAUUGUGCAAGUUUCAUAUGCCAUUGGUGUGCCUGAGCCUUUGUCUGUUUUUGUUGAUUCUUAUGGCACUGGGAAGAUCCCAGACAAGGAAAUUCUCAAGAUUGUGAAGGAGAGCUUUGAUUUCAGGCCUGGUAUGAUUGCCAUCAACCUAGAUCUCAAGAGGGGUGGCAAUGGAAGGUUUUUGAAGACUGCUGCCUAUGGGCAUUUUGGCAGGGAUGACACUGACUUCACAUGGGAGGUGGUCAAGCCACUCAAAUGGGACAAGGCCCAAGCUUGA